GUUCCGCUUCACUCACUUCCUCUGAUAUCAUACAGCCAGACGGCCAGUUUGAAAAUCGAACACGCGAGUGACAGACGUGUAAUGUGUUUUUAAAAAAAGAGUUAUUUUUUUUUCUUUUCGUGACUAAGUGAUAAAUGUUCAAAAAUGUCUGCCCUGUUAAAAAAUGUUACGAAUUGCAUAUGGCAUGCAUUCGACUCGCUUCAGAUCAAUCAAGCGGUACAUAAAUCAAAAUUAAAGGUACUAACAGCAAACAUCGGCACAUUACUAGAUCUGUACGGCGUGGAAAAGGGUCUGGACCAUUACAGGUCUUCGCAGGAGUUGACUUUUGACGAGUUCCGAUAUUACCUUCAGCAUGAAGUGUUCAGCUCGCUCCCUAAGACCUUGAACCUACCAGUUGCGAGAGAGUAUGAAAAGAAAAUAAGCGAAGUGUGCUGGUUUGUUUGCAAAAAGAAUCUACUGGCGCGAGAUAAACCCAUCUUCUGUGACGACUCUGUGUUUAAAUUAUUCAGAAUAUUCUGUCUGCUAGCCGACUUGGUACAGGAUGCGGAUGAUGCCAGUCAUUACGUUGUAGUACUACAGCCUUCGGAAGCAGGUAUCAUCACGGAGCAGCUAGUCCACUGUCUGGGUUUGCGAUGGGACGCAGCGGACUGGGAAGCGCUAGGGUCAUCAAUAGGGCACUUCAAAUGGACAUCAUUCUUGGCCGUAUUGGAGGCAAAAUACUGUUGCGAUCAGCAACUACAUUCAGAAGCGUUAGUGGAAGCUGUGGCUGAAAUAUAUGAUGUAUUCAUCGAAGAUAUUAUUAAAAAGGGUUAUCUUUUCAAACGAGGCUAUCUCCUACCCACAAUGAGAGAGUAUUGGUGUGUCCUCCAGCCAUGCGCUCUUACCUACUACAAGAGUUCCUCACAAAAAGACCAAUGCGGGAGGAUCACUAUAGACGAAUACUGUUCAGUAGAAGCAGCGGUUGGUGAAGGAAAAAUACAACGGUUUCAGCUCAUCACGCCCGAGAGAACGUUUGAAUUUGGGACUCAGGACCAUAAGAGUCGUCUCCAAUGGCUCUCAGCUCUACGACAAGCGGCAGCAGUAUCAGGCGGAGCAGACGGCUACCAGCGCCGCGCACGCGCAGGUAGACGCGGCGCGGGAGCGAGGAGGGAGCAAGAAGUUAGAGAAGCGCGCGCGAGACUACAAUUAGAAGUGCGCGCCAGGUUGGCAGCUGAGGCACAAGCCCAGGAAUUAGCAGAAUUAGCGCAACAGGAUAACAAAAAACUAGAAGAAUUAAAAAAUGCCCAAGCAGAACUAGAGAGGCUUCUACAAGAAGAAACGCAAGCUAAGAGAGACGAAGAAAUUGUUAGAGCAUUACAAGCCAGGGUAUUGGCAGAAGAAUGGGAAAGGCGGGAAGAAUUAGAGCGAUUACAAGAAGAACAAAACAAAAUGCUAGAAGAAGAAAGACUGAAACGAAAACAAUUCGAAAUGCUCCAAGCGGAAAAAGAAGCGCAAUACAGAGAAGCAGAACGUCGACUCAAGGAGCUGGAGAAAGAGAAACAGAAUCUGGACGCGGAACUUAAAGCAGCUCAAUCCAAGAUCUCCCAGACCGAGCACAAUGCACAUGCACUGCACGUUCAACUCCGAGAUCUUAACCCAGUUCUUCGAAACGGCGAACGAGCAAGACGUGCGAUAUCAUUUGUGCCGACAACAAAGAGCUCAUCCGAUACCCUCAUCGACCUCAGGGCUUUGAGGCACUUGAAAACUCUACACGAUGAAGAAAAGCUAUAAGAACAAUCUGUGGUAUUUUAAUAAAUUGGGAAAAGUAU